CUUUAACAAGAAAUCUCCACGUUCUCAUCUUUUUAUUUUGAGCGUGAAGUCAUCACUAGAAGAAAGAGACCUGCCCGGAACGAUGACAUUGGCGAGGAUUUAUACGAAAAUGUAGUUUCCAUUUUCAAUUACCCAGGUAGAGGUAAAGGAGCUGCGACACACCGAUACGUCGUGGGCGGAUAAUUACAAAUUGGGCAUACUUACAUCCUCAUGAAUUGUCCAGAAAUCUUACCGUUUUAUCAUGAAUUUAUAGCGGAGCUCUCAGCAUUCCUUGAUAAUGAAAUUGAUGCAAUGGUGGACUCUGAUUUUGUACCGUGGUUCAAGUAUCAGAUCAAUAGCCGUGAGAUUGUGGACCCUCUGUUAGUAGCAUUAUCGUGGGGCCCUGGUGUCUACGCCAAAGUUUGGCGGUCAUAUGUGAUAAACGGUUACAACUAUCACACAGUCAAUUACGGACAGGGCCGAUCUACAGUGAACAACGGGUUAUGUGUCCCAACCAUCGGUUAUGAUAACUCGGAAUCCAAUUUUUUUGGUGUCUUGCAUGACAUUCUCGAAUUUGAAAUGCCUUCUGCUGGGAAAAAUUUGACAUGCGUUUUGUUCAGCUGCAAAUGGGUCGAUCCAACGCGUGGUGUGAGAAAAAAUUCAAAAUAUAAUAUGAUUGACGUCAAUCACUCUCGCGUGUAUAGGAAAAAUGAGCCUUUUAUACUCGCUCAACAAGCAACCCAGGUUUAUUAUGCAGAAUACCCUUCAAUCAGGCGGACACAGAAUCCUUGGGUGUGUGCAUGUGCUGUCCGUCCGAGCAAAAUUGUAUCACAAACUCAACACAAGGACGUUGAUUUAGAUGCUUUUCAGCAACAAUUUUGCUAACCUCCGCCUAUUGUUGAGACGGUAAACCAUCACAUUCAGUUAAGUGAUCCAAAUGGCGGAAGUGUUGAAGUCAUGCCAGAAACGCACCUUCCGGACCUAACACCUCCAUCUGAGCGCAAAAUUGUUCAAAUGCAUGAAGAACAACAAAAUGCUCAAUAUCAAGAAGAGGGAGAAUGGAUAGACGGUUCUGAUACAGAAGAAGACGUUAUAUAUAUAGAAAAUAACGAUUCUCAC